AUGCUGCGACAGCGGCUGCGGGACGCGCGCCAAGAUGACCUCGCGGAGGCUGCAGAGGUGGCGCGCAGCUUGUACCCGGCCGGGUGCGCAGUGCCGGAGUAUGUCAACGCCCUGCAGACAUGCGCGGCGAUGCUCAGCAGCACGGUGCCCAGUCACACCGUUGCGCGCUUCGCAGAGCACCGCGUUGCGGAUCUCGUCGCGCAGGGCCGUGAAACGGUGACGGCAGAUGAACUUCUUAGUGACUUGAUAGAGCGGCCGCUGUUGGACGCCGUGACACCGCCGCAGUGGUGGCUGAGUGACGCCGAAUGCGCCGGUGCGGCGUCGGUGAAGAGUGUGCGACUUCGUGCGCAGCCGACGCAGAUUCUUAUUGUGUAUGAUUGGUGUGGAAGGCUUCGCCACCGUCGCAUCCAUCUCGCUGGGGUGCUGCACGAAAACGGACCAACAGCACCACUCGCUAAGCGUCUUGCGCGCGUGCACGGCGCCCUGAUAAAGGAAGAGCGGUUCCUCGCGUACCUGCUGCGCCUUCAGGGUCUCAUGAAGGAGUCCGCUGUCCACAGCGGUAAGGGGAGCGCAUCAGACGCUGUUUUGACUCAAACCCAAGGNUGCGCCUUCAGGGUCUCAUGA